AAUUUGCAGUUUGCGUUCAGUUAGAAUUGUGAAUGCUUUCAAUUCACAUUGAAUUCGCAAAAUAAACGGAAGCGUGUGUAACGAAGAAUGACCGGGAACACCGAAGAUUUCAAUGCCGACGAACUGCAGGCGCCCGAAUGGAUGAACAAUGAUUUCUUCUUGAAGGUGUUGAAGAAUUGCGAGCAGAAAACAAGCAAAAUAGAAAUUGUGAAUGUGAACAUUUCACCAGCUUCCAUGCAGGGUGAUCACUAUGCAAGCGUAAUCUUUCGCGCGCAGCUGGAAUAUCGAGUGAAUGGUGUGCACAAAACUAAAUCUGUGGUCUUGAAAACUAUGCCCGAAAGCGAUGGCCACAAAAAGGAGAUGCUAGGCAAGACGGAUAUUUUUGAAAAGGAAAUAAGCAUGUAUACUAAGAUUCUACCGCGUUUCGAAAAGAUUCUACGCGACGUUGGCGAUAAUACAGUGCUGAAAGUGCCGUGUUUGUACAGUGCUUUGACGCCCAGGAAAGUAAUUGUCUUUGAAGACCUAGUGGCCGCCGGUUAUGUUGUGGUGCGUGAUCGAGCUCUUACCAUGAACGAAGUGAAAGCGGCAUAUUCUACGUUAGCCAAGUGGCAUGCCAUCAGUUAUAAAAUCAAUCUAGAGGAACCGCAGUAUUUUGACGAAUUUCAGCAGGGAAUAUUCAACAUGCCGAACAUAGCACAAGAGCCAUUUAUGGCAACUGGUAUAGUCAAUUUCGUAGAUUUACUGAGAAAAACGCCUUCUUUACAGGCUUAUUUGCCAUAUUUUGAGAAAUUGAAACCCAAACUCUUAGAAAGUUGUCGUCAAAGUUAUGCCGAGUACCGUGAAUCGCCGAAAGAAGGCGCUUGCUAUGUUCUCUGUCAUGGUGAUUUUCAUGCCAAAAAUAUGAUGUUCAAACAUCACAAGGAAAGUGAUGAUAUGGUCAAUGUUAUGCUGUUAGACUUCCAAAUUUGUUACGUGGGACCGAGUGUGAAUGAUUUGAUAUAUUCCAUCUACUGUUUGAUGGAUGAGAAGUUACGCUUAGACUUUCCAGCACUGCUGUACUAUUACUACACCGUUUUCAAAGACACUCUAGCCAAUAUAGGUUUUAAGGGUACUUCACCAUCACUUUUGCAGAUAAGACAACAACAUAUGCAUCAUAAAGACUUGGAACUGUUUCUCUUGGUGACAUUUUUGCCUAUGUGGUACGCGCUCAGGGAAAAGAACGCUAACGUGGAAAAUUUGAUGACAUCCGACGAAUAUCGUCGCUCUUUGUACGAUUCAGUGGAAUAUAUAAAAUAUGUGGAGCAUAUUUUACCUCAGUACUUGCAUCUAGGCUAUUUGGAGGACUAAAUUUUUAUUAACAAUAAAAAAAAAAAAACAAAAGAAAA